ACGCAAUUCUCAAAUUUAAACUUUAAUAUAAACAUGUGGGAGAAUUCAUUGUCUUGAACAAGUUUGCUUUUGACAAGUCGUAAAGAAACAUACUUUUAUAAUUAAUUAAUUUUAAAAACUGCUGAUAAAAUGUCAAUUCCAGAUUCAAAUACAAGUCAGCCAAGCAGUGACAAUAUUUUCAAAAUAUUACUCGCUACUGACUGUCAUCUAGGUUAUGAAGAACGUGCCUCGAAAAAAUCGGAUCGCAAUGACAGUUUCACGACAUUCGAAGAAAUUUUACAAAUUGCUCUAGCAAAAAAGGUCGACUUUAUUUUACUUGGUGGCGAUUUAUUCCACGAUAGCACACCAUCGCAGAAUGUUGUAUUGAAAUGUAUUAAUUUAUUAAAAAAAUAUUGCUUUGGCGAACGAACAAUUAAAUUUUGGUUUCUAAGCGAUCCAUCAGAAACGCUAUCGAAUCCGACAGGUCUUAAUUUUGAAAAUGAAAAUUUAAAUGUUGGAUUACCAAUUUUUACUGUUCAUGGAAAUCAUGACAAUCCAAGUUUUGAGUAUACAAGCACAUUGGAUAUACUUGCAGCGUCAGGGCUCGUUAAUUACUUUGGAAAAUCAACUGAUCUAUCUCAUCUAACUGUUUCACCAAUGGUAUUUAGAAAAGGUGAUACUUAUGUCGCUAUUUAUGGUAUUAGUUUCAUUGGAGAUCAACGAUUGUCUAGAUUAUUCAAGAAUGGCUUGGUCACAUUUCUACGGCCGAAAAAUAUUGAACACUGUGUUAACAUUCUUGUAUUACAUCAAAAUCGUGCUAAACACACUCGUCAUGGAUUCAUUUCAGAAGAUAAACUGCCAUCAUUUUUUGAUUUAAUUUUUUGGGGCCACGAGCACGAGUGUCGUCUUAUACCGGAAGAGAUCACAUUACCCGAUGGUGAAAAAUAUUAUAUCACACAACCGGGAAGUUCAGUGGCAACGUCUUUAGCUGAAGGUGAAGCUAAACCAAAACACGUGGGACUGUUAAAAAUAGAUGGAACACGUUUUAUCGUUAAGGACAUAAAACUACAAACAGUGAGACCAUUUGUUUUUGAUUCACUCAAUAUCACAGAUCUUAUCAACAGAAAAUAUUGUGACAGUUCAUUGAACGGUAUCCUUGAAUAUGUUGAUGAUUACAUACAAAAUACAAUGCUUCCGCAAGUUAAAAAACUUCUUACCGGCCAUCCUAAUCAACCGACGAUACCGUUCCUUCGAUUGAAACUCACGUAUCAUGAUGAUUCACAGCAAUUUGAUCCCAUGUUGAUUACACGAAAAUACUGCGAUACAGUUGCCAAUGCAAAAGAUUUAAUUUUGUUUAGGCGCGAUAGAGCGACGCAAAAUUCCAAACAAAAUAUAGAUUUUGAUGUUGAAGAUGCUGCUGCUGAUUUAGCUGAAUGUUUUCAACACGAGUCUGAUCAAGACUGGUCACUUGCCGUUCAAAAUGAAAUUGAAAGAAAUUUCAUAAAAAAUGAUGAGAAUUUGCGUGUGCUCUCAUUGCUAGGAAUGAAUGAAGCAUUAGAUAGAUGCGUUAAAGCCAAUGACAAUGAAGCCUUUUUAAGUAUUUUCAAUUAUCAAGUAAAGAAGACUCUUGACCACUUUAUAAAUCGGCAAAUAAAAUUAAACCGCGACGAUUACGACAUUGAAGUUAAAAAAUUCCGAAGUGAACGUCUUAGAAAGAAUACAACUGAUGAAAUGAAUCAAUUCAAAGAACUGUUGAAUGACCGGGAGGCGCGGAACAGAUUAAAUGGGAGCUUUGGGGGAGAAGAACCACUAGAUGAUUUAGGGGAUUUGGAUACUGAAGAUGAUCCUGCUCCGGUGUCUACUCCGGUAACUACUCGCGGUCGCGGACGCGCUAGAGGAACGAGAGCUAAAACUACAACACGUGCAACAACUCGUGGUGGUAGAGGACGCGCUGCUUCUGGCUCUUCAGCCAGAAGUCCUUUAACGAUAACUACUCAAACUCAAAAUAACCAGCCAUCAAAUCAAAACUUUGAUCAAUUUCUUCAGCCAUCAAGUCAAUUUACUACAUCGACUCAACGACCAGCGGCUCGUAAGCCAACUCAAUUCUAUAACAGUGAUUCUGAUUGAAGAUAAUUUAAAAAUAUCCAUUAUUACCUCGGUUACUUUAAUGGAAUUAAAUUUUUCAUAUUCAAGUAUUAUUUUAAUUAAAAACUUGU